UGGGUGUAUUCAGUUGUCAAAAUUCAAUCGACGGCUAUCUGUAGGUAUCUAUCUAUCGGGUUACAACUUUUCCGAUCAGGACAUGGAGGCGGCUCCAUCCAAUCCUACUCAUAAUAUCAUCUCCACCGCCCCUUCUGCCGCAAUUAGUAUGAAUUCCUCCGUCGCGACCCACCGGAAUCCGUUAAGAGUUGACUGGCCGACAGUAGACGGACCACUGGGUCUCUCGGAGCAGGAGUCCGUCGAUCACGCGCGUAGAUUCUUCAAGUUCGGAUUUCUACUUCUUCCUUGGCUUUGGGCUGUCAAUUGCUUAUACUUUUGGCCUGUUAUUCGUCGUCCUAGCUCCUAUUAUCAUCCAGAUCUCCGCCGAUAUGUUGUCAGGUCGGCAAUAGGUUUCACGGUGUUUGCUGUUAUCCUCUCAAGUUGGGCUCUUACCUUUUCCAUUGGAGGAGAGCGUCUAUUUGGUCAUGCGUGGGACAAGCUAGUAAUGUACAACGUUGCUGAGAAAUAUGGGUUGACGGGGUGGAUUUAGGUACUUAUUGCAUUCAUUUGUGGUCAAACCUCGUAGAUACAAGAUUUGUAUAUAUACUUCCCUUGAAAAAGACUGAGAGACUGGAAUAUCUCAGUUAGACAGUUACCAUGAUUCUAUUAAGUAGUGAGGAAACCAGGGAAGAUAUGCACCUUUUGAACUCAAUUGUAUGCAAAACUCAAAGGUAUACAUUGCAGGCUGUAGCUUGGAAGUUGUCA